CUGCUUUCUCUCAACAGCAGUAAUCCUACGUGGAGUCAUAACAUUGGGUCGCUCACAUCACGACGAAAUAUCUCCACCACCGCGACGCGGCCGCGGAAAAAAGAAAAUUAAAAAGCACAAACGUAUAAUAGCGAGCGCCGAGCAGAGCACCGCCUCCCGACCAAGCGGAAACGAACUCAGUCGACUUCGACACAGUUGCUCCUCCGCGUCUUUGUUCUUUCUUCUUCCUUCAUAUUCAAGCCUCUAGCCUGGCCGAAGUGUUGAGAUCACUUUUCCAUUCGACGUUUCUGCACACACAAACAGAAAGAGUAAAGCAGAAAAGAAAACUACUCCGGCGCCUGCGCAUGAAUGGAGAAGACCGCCAUGGCCGCCGCUGUUUGGAUGCUCCCAUUGCUACUGGUGCUAGCGCAGUUCACUGAAGCUGCUCAAGAAGGUUUCGACGUUCGCCAGCAUCUCUCCACCGUAUCCAGAUACGGUGCUGUCAAAGAUGUCAUCGUCAACAAUACCUUUGUUCCGUCCAAUGCGGUUGAUGGCUGCACUGCAAUUCACUUGAACCUAGUGGCAAGACACGGGACUCGUUCGCCAACCAAGAAGCGAAUGAGAGAGUUAGACAGGUUGGCUUCUCAUCUAAAAGAGCUUAUAAGUCAUGCUGAACAUAAGAAGUUGUCUUUGGAAAAGCUUCCUGCCUGGCUGCGGAGUUGGGAGUCGCCAUGGAAAGGUAAACUGAAAGGUGGAGAGUUGAUUAGUCAAGGAGAAGAGGAAUUGUAUGAUCUUGGAAUGAGGACUAGAGAAAGGUUCCCACAGUUGUUCGAGGAGCCAUACCAUCCGGAUGUUUAUGUUAUCAAGGCUACACAAGUUCCUCGGGCAUCAGCUAGUGCUGUGGCAUUUGGUAUGGGGCUAUUGACCGGGAAAGGGAAACUUGGACCAGCAAAACAAAAAGCCUUUGCGGUUACCAGUGAAAGUCGUGCAAGUGAUUUGAUGCUUAGGUUUUUUGAUAGUUGUCAAAGCUACAAGGUCUAUAGGAAAAACAAGGAACCCGCUGUUGGCGAGCUGAAGGAACCUGUCUUGGAUAAAAUUACUGCUGCCUUAGUAAGCCGUUACGGUUUAGAAUUCACUCGACAGGAUGCUUCUUCUCUCUGGUUUCUUUGUAAACAGGAAGCUUCCUUGUUGGACGUUACAGAUCAAGCUUGUGGUCUUUUUAACCCUUCUGAGAUUGAAUUGUUGGAGUGGACGGAUGACUUGGAGGUGUUCAUGCUGAAGGGUUAUGGUAAUUCAAUAAACUAUAAGAUGGGAGUGCCAUUGCUCGAGGAUAUUGUGCAAUCCAUGGAGCAAGCUAUUAAGUCACAUGAAGAAAAACUGCCUCCUGGAAGUUAUGAAAAGGCAAGAUUGAGAUUCGCACAUGCGGAGACUGUGGUUCCUUUUUCAUGUCUGCUUGGGCUUUUCCUUGAAGGACCUGAAUUUGAAAAGAUCCAAAAGGAGCAACCUCUAGAUCUCCCUCCCAUGCCUCCAAAGAAAAGCAACACGAGAGGCAGUGCCGUGGCACCUUUUGCUGGGAAUAACAUGUUGGUCCUACACAGUUGCCCAGCAACCUCUUCUUCUAGCAAGUACUAUAUCCAAGUCCUCCACAACGAGCGUCCCAUCCCAAUGCCAGGUUGUGGUGGUUCUGACGUAUGCCCAUUUGAAGAGUUUAAGGAGAGGAUAGUCAAUCCUCAUCUGAAACACGACUACAAUGCACUCUGUGCUGUCAAACCAGAACCACUGAACGAGAAGCCCGUGACCAGCAAGUUAUCAAUACCGUUCCGUUGGCUCUUUGGGUGGGGAAGAGAUGAUGAUAUGGAUGAACUGUAAUUUAUCUGUCAAGAAGCCAGUAGAGAAAGAAAGAGAAGAGAAGAGAAGUUUCUUGUGUUCUGGUAAGAGUUCCACUACACGCUGCUGCCAUCAAGGGAUAUUAUGGGCUGACUGACAGUCUCACUCUUGCUUCUGACGGCACUCUUUUCGUCACGCUGCCUGAUCAUCUCAAGUUCCUCCAUUGAAGAAGAAGCACUGAUUGUAGGUCAGAUUUUGGUACAUCCCUAGUUAUGUUUGUUGUGGAAGUUGGAAUCUCCAGUUCCUUUUGAAAACUUUUUGUAGUCUUCGCAAUGAAGCGUGGCUUCAUGAGAAAACCAAAUGCAAGUUCUUGUGCUCUGUCAAUCGUUAGUCGUUAACGAUCCAUCUCCAGGCGACCAACCUUGGGAUAAGUGGACUUUCUAUCACACGAGUCCGAUUUUGCCUUUCAUUUCUUCUCCCUCUACAGUCUACACCCUGGUGAUGUUCCACAAUUCUUCGUGUGAGUGGUCAAGCGCUCCUACAACGGGCAGGUUUGGGCGAGUACUCAUACCUGUCUCGCCUCUCGGGGCAGGUUCGGGUACAGGUCAGGUAAUCCAUCACAGAAUGAAGUUUGAAGUUUGAAAGAAAAAUGU